UUGCUCCAGCUCUCCCCGCCCACCCUCCUGAAAGUGUCUCCUGAUUGGCUUCGAGACCGCAGGGCUCAGGUUACAUUUGCAAGAGUUGCGGAGCGCGGGAGACCGGACCCAGGAAGAGAGAAGCUGGUUCUGCACUGGUUCCCUCUGGCCCGGGGCUGCCCGACAGACCCUGAGCUACCUACCACCCAGCAUCGUACAGACCCACCCCCACUCUGCGCCAGACUCCACCCCAGCCAAGGACCCCCAACCCCAACAUGGACUGUUGCACGGAGAGCGCCUGCUCCAAGCCUGACGACGACAUUCUCGACAUCCCCCUGGAUGAUCCGGGAGCCAACGCCGCUGCAGCCAAAAUCCAGGCGAGUUUCCGGGGCCACAUGGCGAGGAAGAAGAUAAAGAGCGGAGAGUGCGGCCGGAAGGGUCCGGGCCCGGGGGGACCGGGCGGAGCUGGGGGCGCCCGGGGAGGCGCAGGCGGCGGCCCCAGCGGAGACUAAAGCCAGAACUGAACGUGUUAGAAGUUCCAGAGGAGAGAUGGAUGCCGCGUCCCCUUCGCAGUGACAAGACUUCCCUACUGUGUUUGUGACCCCUCCUUCCCACCGACUAGCCAGCUUCAGGAGUCCUCCCCGCUACCCCGCCGCGUCUCAUAGACUCCCUCUCCCAGGCUGGCUUCGUCGCGGCGUAGCCAAGUCCGUGCUCUUUUUAGCUUUCCAGUCUAACGUUGCCCCCUUUUGCCUUUCCUCCGCACCCUCGUUCUAAACCUCAUAUUCGCAAAAUUGUCCUUUUGCUUCACGCCCACCGGUCCCCGCGCCCAGCAUGCAGCUCUGCCUCCGCAGCCUCGGUGCGCUUCGCUGCGCGUACUGCAGAGGGCGCCCAAGGCGUCGCGCAAGUACUCUCAAAAAGAAAGAAAGAAAAAAAAAGCAACCUCCAAGUCCUUUCGUUCUGUGGUCAACGAAAGGGGGCGCCCCGCGUCUUUGUGCCCUAUCCACCCCAGCCUAGCCUCAACCCCCUAAAUCUGGGGCUAGGAAAGAGGGGAAGAGGGUUUUUAUGGUGAUGAUGCCCCUUGCUCUGAUGGGAAGGGAAGUACUAUCCCACACCUACCUGUCACCCCUUUUCCUUCCUAAGCGCACCCUGAGAGCAACCCCUCCCGCUCUCCAUUGUUUAUGCAAAAGCCUCGGAGCGCCUGGAGGCUCGGCCGGAGGGGUCUUCUGCGGCCCCGCCCCCCGAUAGCCCUUCCCCCGUUGGGCUCCUGGGGUUGUGGCUGGAAGGUUUUUAAUCUCUGCGUGUGCAUGUUACCAUACUGGGUUGGAAUGUGAACAAUAAAGAGGAAUGUCCAAGUGUUCA